AUGAGUAAUAGUUUGUAUCAUUUAUUUCUGCUGAGUUUCUUGAUAUCAGUUCAUUGUAAAAUAAAAGUAUCAGAGGUAUGUACAUGUUUGGAUUUGAAAUCAGAGAAUGAUUGUUAAUAAAAUGAGAAAUGUAUAUGGAAGAAUAAAACUUGUGAAUAGAAGAUGGAAGAGUAAGUAAAAGAGACUGAACCAGAGAGUAUAUAUUGUAAAGAUUUAACAUAAGAGGUUUGUAUAAAUAAAAUAGGUUGUGCAUACUACAAUAAAAAAUGCAUUCAAUUUAGUGGAUGCACUAGCUAUGUUUAUACAAGUCAUAUUGAAUGUUAAUAAGUAAGUAUGUAAUGUACAAGCAAUGGGAUAUAAUGUAUAAUACCAAGAGAGUGUUAUUUAAAUGAAAAUGAAACAUUAUGUACUACAGUGAUAAGUUCAUCAGGAUCAAAGAAAUGCGUUUGGGAAAAAACAGUAUGCAGAGAUUAAAUAUGUAAUGAAGCACCAGAGUUUUUUAGUAGUGAUGAAGCAUGUAAUAAUUUUAUCAAAGGAUGUGUUACAAAUGGAAGAGGAUGUGUAACAAAAAGAGUGAAUUGUUAUUAUUAUGAUAAAGAUUGUAAUGGUAUGAUUGGAAGUGAUGGAUUAUGUGAAUCAAAAGAUAAUAAAUGUUAAUCUAAGGAUUGUGCUAAUGCUCCAUUGACAUAUUAUACUGAUCAAUAAUGUCAAUCUUUUAGAAAAGGAUGUAGAACAACAGGUGUUGGAUGUACAGAUCAGGCAUUGCAAUCAUGUACUACAUAUACUGGAGAUAGUGAUAUAUGUUUAAAAUACAUAGGAAGUAGUGGUAAAUGUGAAGAAGGUUAGAAGGGUAAAUGUUAAGCAAGGACUUGUGAAAAUGCACCAAAGUCAUAUACAACAGAUGAAGAAUGUAAAUCAUAUUCACCUAAAUGUAAAACUACAGGAAUAGGUUGUGUUACAGUUCUAUUGAAUUGUAGUUCAUAUACAGGUAUUUAAAUGGAAUGUGAAAGAAGAAUAGGGGCAGAUGGAAAAUGUACAGGUUUAAGUUCUGAAGAAUCUUAAUAAUGUAGAGUUAAGAUUUGUUCUGAUGCUAAAUUUUCAACUGAUAGUGAAUGUGGAUAAUAUUAAUAUAAUUGUAUUUCUAAUGGUGUUGAAUGUACUACAUUUUUGAUGAAUUGUAAUAAAUAUCAAGGAGAUGCUGAAAAAUGCAAUAGAUAUGUAGGAUUAGAUGGUAAAUGUGCAGAAGGAUAGAAUGGAUAUUGUACAGUAAAUGCUUGUGAGAAUGGUAAAUUUAAAACUAAUGAGGAAUGCAAAAAUGUUUAAUCAUAUUGUUUAAGUAAUGGAACUAAAUGUGUAUAGAAUGACACUUGUCCAAAUACAUUAUAAAAGAUAACUUGUUUAGCAAAUGAUAAAUGUUAAUGGACUGAAUAAUGUGUAACUAAUUAAUGUAAGUAUUUUCCAACAAAAGGAAUGUGUUUAAGACAUUCAUCAACUGUUGAAUGUUUUUGGGAUGGUUAAAGUUGUAUUGACAAAUAAUGUAAACAUGCUGGUUAAGAAUAUAGAACAAAUACAGAUUGUUAAUAUUUUCUACCUUAAUGUGUUACAAAUGGUUAAGGUUGUGUGGAUAUAUCAGAUCCUUGUGAAGAAUAUUUAGGAGAUGAAGAUACAUGCACAUAUUACAAGGGCAAUAAUGGUAAAAUACCAUGUGUUUAUAAUUCUGCUACUAAAAAAUGUCGUUCAAAAGUAUGUUAAGAUAAUUUAUAUGCUCAAUCACAAAAAGAUUGUGAUAACACUUUAGAAGGAUGCAAAUUUACAGGAAAAUAUGGAUGUGUUAAUGAAAAUGCAGAAUGUAAAGAAUUUUUUGGAGAUUCUAAAUAAUGUAAUACUUUGAAUAGUAAAUGUUCCUAAAAUUUAGGAGAAAUUGGAAAUUGUCGUCCUUUAGAAUGUUAUGAUAAUUAGACAGCAUUAGAAGAUUAUGAAUGUAAUUUAUUUAAAUCUGGAUGUGUUACUAAAGGUGUUGGAUGUAUAUCAUCAACUGCUCCAUGUACAUAAUAUGUAGGUAAUUCAAUAAUGGAUUGUUCUAAAUUUAUUGGAAAUGGAAAGUAAUGUUGGUAUGAAUAAGGAUUGCCUAGUUAAUGUGCAGAUAAAUAAUGUAGUCAUAAUGUUGAUGCAUAAGAUGAUUAGGAAUGUAAUAGAUUCUUAUAAGGUUGUGUAUUUAAUAAGAAGGGAUGUUAAGAUCCAUAAUUAACUUGUGAUACUUAUAUGGGAGAUGAAGAUACAUGUUCAAAAUAUAGAGGGAAUGGAUUAUAAUGUGUAAGAAUAGAUUAUUGUGAAGAUCGUAAAUGUUCAGAUGUAUAGAAUCCUUUAUCUUUAAAAGAAUGUGAAGAUUAUUUAUCUCAUUGUGCUUUUGAUGGUGGAAAUUGUAUUGAAAAAAAUUAUUGUGAUUCUUAUUAUGGAUACUCAUAAGAAUAAUGUUAAAUUUUAGUAAAUUUAGAUGGUGAUUUAUGUACUUAUAAUGAGAUAAAUUUAUAUUGUACUAAUCGUAAAUGUAAUGAUGCAAAAAAUGUUAAUUCAUAAUAAGAUUGUACAUCUUAUAGAAAGAAUUGUAUUUUCAAUGGAAUUAAUAUGUGUGAGGAGUUAUAAAAUAGUUGUUCUUAAUAUAAUGGAUUUACUGAAUAGGGAUGUAAAGAUGCAAGAAAUAAGGAAGGAAAAGGAUGUUGGUAUGAUAGAGAUGGAAAAUGUAAAGAAAGAACAUGUUCAGAAGAAUUAUUAGCAUAUUCAACUGAAAUUUGUUAAAAACAUGAUUCUAGUUGUAUAUAUACUGGAAUAAGAUGUACUAAGAAAUAGAAUAAUUGUAUUGAUUAUAAAACAUUGAGUUUAAGUGAGUGUAGAUUUUUAUCAGAUUGUUGGAAAUUAGAAGAUGAUAAUAGUCCUUGUUAAAAUAGAUCAUGUAAUGAUAGUGUAGAAUCUCCAUCAGAUUAAAAUUGUAGAAAUCAUUUAUAGACAUGUAGAUUUAAUGGUGAGAAUUCAUGUGUUGAUGAAUAAGAUGAUUGUAGUAGUUAUAUUAAUUUUACAAUGAUUGCUUGUUAAGUAGUUACAAAUAAGAAGGGAGAGAAAUGUUGGUUCAAAAAUCUAAGUACAACUUGUGUAAAUAGAACUUGUUAAGAUAAUUUACCAUUUUUUUCUGCUGAAGAAUGUGUUAAUCAUUUGAGUACUUGUAGAUAUUAUGGAAUUAAAUGUUAAGAUGCAAAAGAUACAUGCUCUCAAUAUAUUGGAUUUUCAAAAGAAGCAUGUACAUAAGUUACUACAAAAACUAAUUAAUCUUGUUGGUAUUAAGGUUAGAGUACUAUUUGUAUUGAUGCAACAUGUGAUAAUUAUAUUAAAGAUGCUUCAACAGAAAAUUGUUAUAAACAUUCAUCUUCAUGUAGAUAUAAUGGUAGUAGAUGUAUUUAAGCAAUGAUGAAUUGUUCUUAAUAUAUAGGUUCUAAUUAAUUAUGUACUUAAUUAACUGAUGCUAAUAAUAAUUAAUGUUGGUAUGAUAUUAGAAAUAAUUAAGGAAUGGAUAAUAAUUGUAUUUAAAAAGAAUGUUCUAAUAGAUAAAAUGUUUAUAAUUUAGAUAUAUGUUAAAAAUAUAUAGGUAAAACUAUUAAUGAUAAAUAUAUUCCAAAUUGUACAUAUGAUGGAAUCAAAUGCAUUAAUAUUUAAAAUUAUUGUUCAUAAUAUAUUGGAUAUAAUAGUUAAUAAUGUCUUUAUGUGACUACUUUAAGUGGUGAAAGUUGUUUCUAAGAUCAAAAUAAUAGUAAUAUGACAUGUAGAGCUAGAAGAUGUUCAGAUAAUUAAACAGCUGUCAAUGAUCUUUAAUGUGAUUAAUUUUUAUAAGGAUGCAAAACUACUGGUAGAGGAUGUACAGAAUCAACAAAAUAAUGUAAUAAUUAUAGAGGCACUUAAUCUAGUUGUUUGAAAUUUGUAGGUAAUGGAAAGAAAUGUAGAGGAUAAAAUAUAAUUACAAAAUGUUCAGUUAGAGAAUGUUUUCAUGAUUAAUAAUCUACUACAGAUAUUGAAUGUAAUUCAUUUAUGGAAGGUUGUGUAACAAAUGGUUAAGGUUGUAUAUCUUCAUUAGAACCAUGCAAUAGUUAUAUUGGAAAUCUUGAAAAAUGUUCUAAAUUUAAAGGAAAUGGAAAAUUAUGUUAUUCAGAUAGUCUUGUAGAAAUUAAAACAUGUAGAGAUAGAUAAUGUUCUGACAAUUCAAAAGCUAUUACUGAUUUUGAUUGUAAUAAAUUCAUGCCAGGUUGUAUUAGUAAAGGAAUUGGAUGUAUUGAAGAUACAUAACCAUGUUCUAGUUAUUAUGGAACAUAAGCUUAAUGUAGUAGAUUUAAAGGAGAAAAAGGUACAAAACCUUGUUGGAAUAAUGGUAAUGCUACUAUUAAGACUAGAUGUAUAAAUAGAGAAUGCAAUCAUUUAUCAAGAGGUACUAAUGAUAUAGAAUGUAAUUCAUUUUUAGAAGGAUGUGUAAGUGAUGGAUUUUAAUGUCUUACAAAACGUAAUUGUUCAUAAUUUUAUGGAAGUAUUAAUACUUGUAUAUUAUUUGAUGCUUUGGAUAAACCAUGUAAAGGAAUAGAUAAUACUAUUCAAUAAUGUAAAAGAUUAUUAUGUAUUGAUGCACCAAAUAAUUAUGAUACAGAUGAAAAAUGUAAUCAAUUUAAAUCUGGAUGUAAAACUACAGGAUAUGGAUGUACUGAUAUUAAUAAAUGUGAAAUGUUAUCUUCUAAAUAUUUAUGUAAAUUAAGAUCUGAUUGUUAAUAUAUUGAUGGAUGUUUAAAUAAUACAAAAUUAUGUUAAUAAAUUACAAAAUAUUCUUAAUGUUAGAAUAAUGCAAAUAUGAAAUGUAGUUGGAAUUUAAUAACUUAAUAAUGUAGAGAAUGGAUUUGUUCAGAUGCAAGUGUUCUAUUAAAAAAACAUGAAGAUUGUUAAGCAUUGAAUUCAAAUUGUACAACAACAGGUAAUGGAUGUAUAGAAAUUAAUCAUUGUAAUAAAUAUAUCAAUAAAUAAACAUGUCUCAAUGCCAUUUCUUUAGGAUAUUCAAAAAAAUGUGUUUGGGAAAUUAAUAAUUGUAGAGAUAAAGUGUGUGAAGAUGCACCUGAAAAUUUUACAGAAGAUUCAAAUUGUUAAUAAAUAUCACCAGAAUGCAUUACAGCUGGAAAUGGAUGUACUCAUAAACUAUAUACUUGUAAAAGUCUUAACAUUAAAUCUAAAUGUACAUAAGAUUAUUAAGGUCGUCCUUGUCUAUGGAUUACUUAAAACAAUACUUGUAUCACUUUUUCAUAAUGCUCAGAUAUCAAUAAAACAACAUUUGCAGAAUGUUAACUCUAUUCUAAAUUAUGUACUAGUAAUGGUGAAAAUUGUAUACCUUUUUCAAAAUGUUCCUAAUAUACUAAUACUAUAAGUUGUAAUACAGGUACUGAUGGUGUUUGUGGAUGGGUAAUUGGAUAAUCUGAUUAAUUACAAAGAUGUUAAACAUUUUUAUAAUGUUCUGAUAUUCUUGGACGUACAAAAGAAGAUUGUUAAUAUUAUUCAAAUACUUGUACUUCUGAUGGUUUAAAAUGUAUUGAAAUUGGAAAUUGUUCAUCUUAUUUAACUAAAAUAGCUUGUAAUUCAAUUGGAAAAGAUGGCUCUUGUUUUUGGGAUGAAUCAACAGAAUAAGCUAAUUGUAGACUUUAAUAAUGUCAAGAUUUUCCUUUAAUUCCAUUAAUGACACAUUAAUAUUGUUCAUCAUAUAAUCCUAAUCUAAAUUGUACUACAAAUGGAAUUAAAUGUAUUAAUAAAUAAAAUUGCUCAAACUAUUUAGAAUAAGCCUGUUAUGAAGGUAUUGAUGGACCAUGUAUUUUUACUUUCCCCUUAAAUAGACCUUCUGGUACAAAAUAAUGUAGAGUUAAAGAUUGUGUAGAUUAUAAUGAAAAAACAACUGCAGCUUGUUCUAAAUUAUAAUCUGGUUGCAUCUCUAAUGGAAUUAAAUGUCUUUAAAAAUAAAAAUGUUCUGAUUAUACUACUUAAAUAGCAUGUGAAUCUGAUGGAAUUGAUGGUAUAUGUAUUUUUGAUGGAUAAAAUUGUUCAUUAAUGACUAAAUGUGAAGAUGCUAAUAAUAGUUUUAUUGCUUGUUCUAAAAAACCUAAAGUUUGCUAUUUUGAUUAUGAUAAAUUAAAUGAUACUGAUAUAACAACUUGUAAAUCCAUAAAUUGCAAUAAUAGUCCUAAUUGUUCUCCUAUUUUAAAUUUUGAUGAAACCUAAUUAACUGUAUGCAUUUAAAAAACUUAAAAUGAAUGUAUUGAAGGUGAACCCUAUAUGCUUGUUUAAAGUAGAUGUUAUUCUAAGAGUCUUUAUACAUAUUCUUGGAAUACUAGUACUUCUUAAUGUGAAAAAUGUGUAAAAUCAUAGGUAAUAGUUUAACCUUCUAUAACUGACAUUUAUUAAUGGAAACUUACAUCUAUCAUUCUAGUAUUUUUAAUCAUAGCAAUUUGA